UCUUGCGGAGUCCUGCUGCAGACAGCAUGGCCGCCCGAGUGCUUGUCGUCGGCAAUGGGGGCAGAGAGCACACGCUGGCCUGGAAACUGGCGCAAUCUCCUCACGUCAGACAGGUGUUGGUCGCCCCCGGGAAUGCAGGCACUGCCGGCUCUGGGAAGAUUUCAAACACUGCCAUCGCCGUCAGCGAUCACAGUGCCCUCGCUCAGUUCUGCAAAGAGGAGAACAUUGAAUUCGUGGUGGUUGGCCCAGAGGCACCUCUGGCUGCAGGGAUCGUCGGGGACCUGGCGGCGGCCGGCGUGCGGUGCUUUGGCCCCACAGCACAGGCGGCUCAGCUCGAGUCCAGCAAAAGGUUUGCCAAAGAGUUCAUGGACCGCCAUGGCAUCCCCACCGCCCGGUGGAGAGCCUUCACCGAGCCCGAGGAGGCCCGCAGCUUCAUCCUGAGUGCAGACUUCCCUGCUCUGGUCGUGAAGGCCAGCGGCCUGGCCGCCGGGAAGGGGGUGAUCGUGGCAGAGAGCAGAGAAGAGGCCUGCAGAGCCGUGCAGGAGAUCAUGCAGGAUAAAGCUUUUGGAGCAGCUGGAGAAACGAUUGUCAUUGAAGAACUUCUUGAAGGAGAAGAGGUUUCUUGUCUGUGCUUCACCGAUGGGAGGACCGUGGCUCCCAUGCCCCCUGCGCAGGACCACAAGCGGCUGCUGGAGGGAGAUCGCGGCCCCAACACAGGCGGGAUGGGGGCCUACUGCCCAGCCCCCCAGGUCUCUAAGGAUUUGCUGCUGAAGAUUAAAAACGCCAUCCUCCAGCGGACAGUGGACGGCAUGCAGCAGGAGGGCACGCCGUACACAGGUGUUCUCUAUGCGGGUGUGAUGCUCACCAGGGAUGGCCCGAAGGUUCUGGAGUUUAACUGCCGUUUCGGGGACCCGGAGUGCCAGGUGAUCCUCCCGCUCCUGAAAAGCGAUCUCUAUGAGGUGAUUCAGUCCGCCCUGGACGGCCUGCUCUGUGCAGCUCCGCCUGUUUGGCUUGAAAACCGGGCGGCCAUCACUGUCGUCAUGGCAAGUCAGGGCUAUCCCGGAGACUACGCCAAGGGUGUGGAGGUGGCAGGCGUUGCCGAGGCCCAGGCUUUAGGGCUGGAGGUGUUCCAGGCAGGCACAGCCCUGAAAGACGGCAAAGUGGUGACCAGUGGAGGGCGAGUCCUCACGGUGACCGCCAUCCGGGACACGCUCAUCGCAGCCCUCGAAGGGGCCAAGCAAGGACUGGCUGCCAUCAAGUUUGAGGGCGCCGUCUACAGGAAGGACAUUGGCAGCCGUGCCAUAGCGUUCCUCCAGCAGCCCAGGGGCCUGACGUACAAGGACUCUGGGGUAGACAUUGCAGCUGGAAAUCUGCUGGUCAAGAAAAUUAAGCCUUUAGCCAAAGCCACCUCCAGACCAGGCUGUGAUGUGGAUCUCGGAGGUUUUGCUGGUCUUUUUGAUUUGAAAGCAGCGGGUUUCAAAGACCCUCUCCUGGUCAGUGGAACAGAUGGCGUUGGCACGAAACUGAAGAUUGCCCAGCAGUGCCACCAACACGGUACCAUUGGCCAAGACUUGGUUGCCAUGUGUGUGAACGAUAUCCUGGCACAAGGGGCAGAGCCCCUCUUCUUCCUCGACUAUUUUUCCUGUGGGAAACUUGACGUUGGCACAGCUGCAGCGGUUGUUGCUGGCAUCGCCGAAGCGUGCAGGACAGCUGGGUGUGCCCUCCUCGGAGGGGAAACAGCAGAAAUGCCGGACAUGUAUCCCCCUGGGGAGUACGACCUGGCCGGGUUCGCCGUGGGGGCCGUGGAGCGGGACCAGCAACUCCCUCGCCUGGAAAGCAUCGCUGAAGGCGACGUGGUUAUUGGAAUAGCGUCAUCGGGUCUCCAUAGCAACGGGUUCAGCCUUGUGAGGAAGAUUGUGGCGAGAUCUCCCCUUCAGUACUCCUCCCCGGCACCCCAUGGCUGCGGUGACCAGACCUUGGGGGACUUACUUCUGACCCCAACCAGAAUCUACAGCCAGUCCCUGUUACCUGUCUUGCGUUCGGGUCAUGUCAAGGCCUUGGCCCACAUCACCGGCGGAGGGCUGCUGGAGAACAUCCCGCGGGUCCUCCCCCCGAGGUGCGGGGUGGAGUUAGAUGCCCGGGCCUGGAGGGUCCCCCCCAUCUUCUCGUGGCUGCAGCGGGAAGGACGCCUCUCGGAGGAGGAGAUGGCCAGGACCUUUAACUGCGGGGUCGGGGCUGCCCUCGUGGUGUCGGAGGACCUGGCGGAGCCGGUGCUGAGGGACGUUCGGCAGCACCAGGAGGAGGCGUGGCUGGUCGGCAGGGUGGUGGCCUGCCCCGAAGGUUCCCCCCGAGUGAGAGUCAGGCACCUGCUGGAUGCCCUGCAGCUGAGCGGGCCCGUGGUGCAGAACGGCUGCGCGCACACUCCCUCCUCUGCCCCGGAAAAGGCCAGAGUGGCCGUCCUCAUCUCUGGGACAGGCUCGAACCUGCAGGCGCUGAUAGACAGCACCCGGGAGCCGAGCAGCGCCGCGCACAUCGUCGUGGUCAUCUCCAACAAGGCCGCGGUGGCCGGGCUGGACCGAGCAGCGUGUGCGGGCAUUCCCACCAGGGUACUCAGUCACAAGUUAUACAAAAGCCGUGUCGAAUUUGACACGGCCAUUGACCAGGUCCUCGCAGAGUUCUCCGCGGACAUCGUCUGCCUGGCAGGGUUCAUGAGGAUCUUGUCUGGCCCCUUCGUCAGGAAGUGGAAUGGGAGAAUGCUCAACGUCCACCCAUCCCUGCUGCCGUCCUUCAAGGGCGCCAAUGCCCACGAGCAGGCCCUGGCCGCCGGCGUCGCGGUGACGGGGUGCACCGUGCACUUUGUCGCGGAAGACGUGGAUGCCGGGCGGAUCAUUUUACAAGAAGCUGUGCCGGUGAGGAGGGGGGACACGGUGGCCACCCUGUCCGAGCGGGUGAAGGUCGCGGAGCACAGGAUCUUCCCCGCAGCCCUGCAGCUGGUGGCCAGCGGUGCCGUGCGGCUGGGCGAGGACGGCCAGCUCUGCUGGGCCCAGGAGGAGUGACGCCGCCUCUGCAGGAAGGGGGGCCGGCCGCUCGCACGGUACAGUGGCUUUUAUCAUGUCCUCAGCCCAGAAACUCACCAUUUCCUCCUUGGUCAUUUUUUAACAAACAGAGUUGUGACAAGCAGGGCUGGUGGGGCACCCGGCACGUGGAUGUGUGGCCUCCAGGGGUCUCGCAGGUUCACCCGUUCACGACCUUGUCCGGGAUCCAGCUCGUCAUUCAGAAUUCCUUCCACUGUCAGCCACACAGCACACCAAACUCCUCGCCGUCCUUCCCCCCGUUUUCUGGCCGACGGCACCUCUGGGAGGCAGCACGGCCGUCACAAACAGGCUCGGGCCUCCACACCGGUCCCUCCUCAGGAGCUGUCGGCCGUUGGUCUGGAGAGUUCACUGAUGUGAAGCCACGCCUUGGCCUGGGAAGUUCCUAGAGAAACAAUCUCAUGCUGUAAAGGUAGAGGCCAGUGCCCAGAGGUCAGCUAGACCAACGUCAGCCGCAGACUUCGGAGGUGAACUCCCGGCUCGCUCCACAGGGACCCUGGCUCCGGGGACACCGCCAGCUCCAUGUCUUGGAACAGGAAGAACCACAGUGUGUGUGACCAUGGGAUUGCCGGGAACCACGCGCCUGGGACCAGCAGGGAUGUGGGACAAGCAGCAGAGUCACCUGGACCGCCCGUCUCGUGUGUGAGGAGGAUUUGGACAUGUGGGAUGUGUUUAUAAUGAUACUCACAGAGAAAAGGUCAUUUAAGCUUUGGCAGCCAUAAUGCCAAAACGGAGAAAAGCAGGUCAAUAUUUUACUGGCGUAAUAAACCCGGACAUUUUUAUUG